AUGUCUCCGUUCGCACUCGCCGAUGUCGCUGUUACAGAUUUCGUAGUAAACCAACGAAAUGGGGUCAAAGGUCUCGUCGACAUUAUGUCUCCAAAGACAUUACCGUCACGUUACAUCCAACUACCGGAGAAACGAGUCACCACUGAGGAACUCAUCGUCGACAAUACAAAGACCGGCAAAGGCGGUUUACCAUCACCGUCGAUCCCAGUCAUCGAUGUUUCUGACUGGGAAAACCCUAAUGUUGCGGAGAAGAUCUGCGAGGCGGCUGCAACAUUAGGGUUUUUCCAGAUAGUGAACCAUGGAGUUUCGGUGGAUCAGCUAAGCGACCUGAGAGGUGCUGGUCGUGGAUUUUUCGGUUUACCGGCGGAGGAGAAGAAACGGUAUUGGAAAGGAAGUUCAGUUUCGGACACAGCUUGGUACAUGACAAGUUUCAAUCCUUACGAGGAGGCUAAGUUGGAGUGGAGAGACUUUAUCAAGUUUGAGUACCGUCCGGACCAAGUAGACUCCACUGCCAUGUGGCCUACUGUGUGCAGGGACGAAGUUCUAAAUCAUUCUCAUAGGAUGAAGCCAAUAGGUAAGAAGAUACUUGAAAUACUAAUGAACAAUCUAAACGCAAGCAUGGACCACUCCUUAGAACAAACCCUAAUGGGAACUUUGAGGAUGAACAUUAACUUUUAUCCGGAGUGUCCCGACCCUAAACUCGCCGUAGGAACCGGUCGUCACUCCGACAUCAACACCCUCACACUUCUUCUCCAAGAUGACAUAAUUGGCAGUCUUUAUGCUCGAUACGGUGACAAGUGGCUCCAUGUUCCACCAGUUAUGGGAGCCAUUGUGGUCAACAUUGGAGAUAUAUUACAGAUCUUGAGCAAUGAUCGGUACAAGAGCGUGGAACAUGUGGUUAUGGCUAAUCGGUUUCUUAGCCGAAUUUCGUUUGCGUUUUAUUGCGGACCGAAUAAUGAUUCAGUUGUUGAGCCACUACCUGAGGUGCUCGAGAAUGAGAAGGCAUUGUACAAGAGUACUGUGUAUUCAGAUUACAUGAAAUAUUUCUUUGAAAGGCCACACACGGGUAAGAAAACUAUCGAAUGGAUCAAGUUUCCUUGA